GUCCAGUCCAGUUUCCGCUGACAGCGAUGUGUCUGUUAUCACUGAAUCGUGACGCUUGGCCGGCCAUGUAUAAAAAUCUGAGUCCUCCAUAAGAAAACCUCAGUAAAACAAUAGAUUCAGGGGUUAAAGAAGGGGUUCUCAUCAUUUUGUUUUGGAGGCCUUAGUCAUAGUGCAUUAGGAUUCUGUAUUUGAAGAUCGAAACAACCACCACUCAACAAGAAGUAAACGGACUACAAGAAGAACUAAUCAGUUUGGUUAUCGUCUAAUAAUAGCAGCAAGGGAAAACUAAAUACCACGAAGAGAAAAUACGAAGGAAAGUGAACAUAAACUUAUAUUUUGCAAAAAGUGUUUGCUUAUUGACGCUAAGCCCCUCAUACCAGAGCUCCCCAUAAUCACAUCAGAUGAAAGUUUUCUUUGUAUUCAGAACAGAGUGACGAAGUAACAAAGUCAAAUAAAUAUUAUUCAAGAAAAGUGAUACCUGCACGCACAAAAAUUAUAUCGCUCAUACAAGUAUACAAUCACGAAACCAAACGAAAACGAGGUUGUUAAAGAAAACAAACUACGUCACAACGAAAAAAGAAAAAAAAACUUUUUAAAAAGCAAAAGAAGAGACAAAGAUCAAGAUGUUGUCAAAUCUGCACCCGGUCGUGUUUGUAUUUGCGACCUUGAUUCAGACGUCGUGGGGAUUCCCCGUGGGAGCUCCUAGCUUCUCCUGCAAGAACCUCAUUCCUGCUCACAGCAACGGCACUCAGCCAGGCCCCGCCCCCUACCGCAUCAGUGUGUCCUCCACACAGCUCGCCCCUGGAGGAUCCACAUCUAGGUUCCGGGCCUAGCACUGGGGUCACCCACGUCAGCAGAGAACCCAAAUUCCAGGUCGACUAUGAAUGGACCGCUCCCGCUGAGGCAUCUGUGGGCGAGGAGUAUAAGUUAAGGUGCACUGUGGUCCAGUCAUUUUUCCGAUGCUGGACGAACCUGAUGGUAGUAAUGACCAUUGGCACCGAUGGAAGCUCGGCCAUGGCAGGCACCUCAGACAACAGCAACAGCAACAACAGCAACAACAACAACAACAACAACAAUAACAGCAACAACAAUAACAGCAACAACAACACCGACGGCAACACCGGAGCACAAAUGGGCGUAAGUUCUGCACAUCCUACCGGAACCGGAAGUGGACCCAUGGCAGGAGCGACCCAAAUUCCUCCCUUUGUAAACAUACCUACCGUGCAGAACGGAAUGCCGCCAGUUGGUACCCCCAACGUCUUGGGAGGGACGAAUCAGUUCCCAGGACUACCUCCCAAUCAGAACAGUUUCCCAGGCUCGACUCAAGGUGGUGGACUCGGUGCUAUUGGGCAAAAUCUUGAUCAGAUGAGCUUCCCAAACACGGACACUUCCCUGCCGUCUGGCCCCAAUAACCCCCUAGGCAGUGUCAACCCGGACGGGUUUGAUCCGAGUCUUGCUUUUACCAGGGGCCAACUUGGCUCAAGUGGCCCAAAUGUUCAACCAACAGGAUUUUCAUUGGGCAAUCAAGGAUUAUUCAGUGGAAAUGAUAACCAAACUCCCAUCAGUCCUGUUAAUCAAAGCUUCCAGCCCGCCAGUGGUCCACUUCCGGUCGGCGGUAUUAAUAACAGGGCCGGUAACUUCAACAGAAAUAAUAACAGGGGAAUGAACCCACGCAACAAUGCAAAUAGAAACAGGGGUAACAAUGGCGGUCCCCGAAACUUUAGAAACAGAAACAGUGUGGAUUCCGAGCCGAGAUCCAACAACUUCGAUAGUUUGUCCAGCCGUAAUCUUGUCAGGGACAAUGAUUUCUUCCUUGACUUACCUUCCCGCCGCUCACAGCUCAUCAAUCUCAUCCUGCGCUCCAGUCGUAUUCGUUUCCCCUCGUCCAAUAGCGGCUUUUUCUCCCCUCGGUCCAACCCAUUGAGCAGAAACUCGAAUAUGCUCAGCCUUUUGGACUAAUCAAUAAUGUUCAGAUAUAAUAUUAUGAUGUUUGUUUUUGUUCAAUGUGACAAUGAAACAGUUCGAUUUGAAUGCGGAGCAAUGAAAAGAUAUCUGAUGUCCAUUACACGAUCACAGACUGUGCGUUUCAAAUACGAGAACUCAAUUAAACUGUACUCGAUAAAUCUCUACCUCAGAAUCACAAAGUUCUAUCUGACAUUUUUGGCUGUUUUGAGUCACUAAGACCAUGAGGUCAGGAAAC